AUGGAUAAAUACAGCCAUAUUGAAGGCGCUACUCCGAGGGAAAAAAUGAAAAAUGCUUAUGCCCAGCUGCAGGCCAAAAGCAGUCUAUUUUCCCAAAAUCCAGAACCUAGUGCAACCCCGUCCUCUGCAGGAGAUAUUGAUUCUUCAGUCCCAUUAUCGGUGCCAGAAACAGCGCCGCUGAGUGUCAGACAUGAAAAGGAAUCUGCUCAUCUUGCGCAACCAAACAUUGGGCCAGGUCCUGCAGCAUCAUUCGAGCCACAAACUCAGAUGAAUCACCCUACCGUGCAAACUAUUCAACCGAGCGCGUUAACAUUCUAUCUCGCACAGGAUAUCCCACCGGGAUCUGUUCACCUUGGGCCGUCGGAAUCCGCGAUACCACUUCCAAUGGACUCGAGGGUCAAGGAUGACUAUGAACGCGUUCUAGCGGAUGGGGCGCAACUAAUUAGGGAAUUUGUUCGGGCUUCGGAGCCAAAUGCAAACGUGGCUGCAAACGAGCGCUGGAAUCUUGUUCCAAGAAUACAGGGGAUUCUGGAAAAGCUGAGCAAUGUGUCAACACACCCUGAUCUAAAUAUUGCCGAACAUAUUAGCGAGUCAGAGUCAGAUUUGCAAAAAGAAGCGGCUUGGGCGGAGUAUUCCAGCGCAAAGUUUCUCUUCUUAGGCUACCUUGUGCAACUUGCAAGCGAUAGAGAUCUGCACCUCGUAAUCAUGGUCCAGGGAGGAAAGACACUCCAAAUUCUGGAGCGCUAUCUGUUGGGUAAAGGCCUUGCAUACACACGGCCACGCCAGGAAAUGGGGACUGGCACCAACGUGGAAGUUUCCAUGGUGAAAGGGUCAUUAAGCUUCGGAAUUCAGUCAACGCAGAGUGAAGGUGUUAUCGAGAUUUAUAAACGGCCGUCAGCAAUUAUUUCUUUGGAUAGGUCUUUCAACGCGAAGAGUCCCUCGGUCGAGCACAUGCGCACGACUUAUGCUCGCGACGGAAGCUUAUUACCAGUGGUUCGUCUCCUUGUCUCCAACACUAGCGAGCAUAUUGAGCGCUGUUUCCAUGACGUCUCUGGGCUUCAGCACCUGCGAUUGGUCAUACAGUAUUCCGUUCGCCUACGAGAUACGGUUGGUGAUCUCCAAGACAAUGCGCUUGGCGUAAGUGAAGACGCCGAAGAAGUCUUGUCUUGUCUUCAAUCCGAUAAUUUUCACGCAAACUGGCCCCUACCAGCGAUCGAGCCUUUGCAAAUAUUUAGCCCUGAGGAAUUAGAUUCUGCUGUGAAUAAAAACCAGAGUGAGGCCAACACUGAGAGUGAGCCUACUUCCACUCAAAAACGUGGAUAUGUUGAUGAUACUGAAACACCGGUUUUCAAACGGCAACGUGUGGACCCAUCCCAAGACAUAAGCCAGCUCACUGCGAAGUCAACGAAGUUCCCAAGCCAAACACUAGGUAGUGGCCUACAAGCUCUGGAGAGCAACCUUGUCCAGAUGAAGACUGCACAUGCAGCUGAGCUUGAGAGGCUUCGGAAAAUUCAAGCGGAGACACAUUCCCGGUUACAGGAGAGGGAGAAAGCAAUGGAAGCGCUCCAACAUCGCUAUGAAUUCCGAACUCGCGAGCUCCACAAAGUCCGACAAGAGCGUCAUCAAUCAGAUCAGGCCAAGAUUUCCGCAGAGCAGAAAUUAGAAAGACAAAAGGAGGAGCUCAUAAAGGUCAAAGACGAGCGCACAGAACUAAGACAUGAGCUUGAGAAAUCCAGGGAAUCUCUCAAGGCGGGCGGUGGCAGCAUGGCGGAGCUAGAAAAGGCGCAGGAAGAAAUUCGCCGCUUAAUGAAGGAGAAAGCCGGGCUGGAGCGAAAAGCGGAUUACGAGAAAAACCAGGCUGAAUAUACCCGCGAGCAGUACCAGAACGCCUCUAAAGUGGCCGCCCAAUCCGGGAACGAGAAUCGUCAACUGCGCGACGAGAAUGAGAAACUUAAGCGCAAGGUCGAGGGCGACGCUACUCGCCUCCGAGAAAUCAACAAAAAGAACGAUGAAUCUCGGCAUUUAUCGCGCGUCGAAGAACUUGAAACCAUCCUUUCUUCGCGGGAAGAUCUACUACGUAGAAAGGAAGAUGAUUUACGGGAAAUUCGCAAGAACCGACCAUCUACACGUUCUACAAGUACACCGCGGAGUCCUAAAUGGGCCGCAACGAGUCGGCCGGGUAGCCCUGGGAUCAACAACAAUACUGGCAACGGCAAUAACGGCCUGAGUUAUGGGAAAGGUAGCGCAUUGAGGUUCAGUUCAGAGAUGUCGCUGUGA